AUGCUGUUGAUUAUCUAUCUAUCUAUCUAUCUAUCUAUCUAUCUAUCUAUCUAUCUAUCUAUCUUAACCUUACAUUCCAAGAGCACUGUUUUUGACACCAUGGAAUCCCAUACUGCAACUCAAACUCAAUUUAUCUAUCCAGAUCUUUCUUUUUUCUUUCUUUCUUUCUUUCUUUCUUUCUUUCUUUCACAGUCAUUUCUUUCUUUCUAUUAUGUUUUCUUUUUUCUAUCUAUCUAUCUAUCUAUCUAUCUAUCUAUCUAUCUAUCUAUCUAUCUAUCUAUUACAGUCUUUUUUUUUCUUUCUUUCUUUCACAGUCUUUUUAUUUCUUUCUAUCUAUGGAUCUAUCAUAAUAUUUUCUCUUCUUCCUUUCUUUCUAUCACAGACUGUAUCUUUUUUCUAUCUAUCUAUCUAUCUAUCUAUCUAUCUAUCUAUCUAUCUAUCUAUCUAUUACAGUCUUUUUUUUUCUUUCUUUCUUUCACAGUCGUUUUAUUUCAUUCUAUCUAUGGAUCUAUCAUAAUAUUUUCUCUUCUUCCUUUCUUUCUAUCACAGUCUGUAUCUUUUUCUAUCUAUCUAUCUAUCUAUCUAUCUAUCUAUCUAUCUAUCUAUCUAUCUAUCUAUCUAUUACAGUCCUUUUUUUCCUUUCUUUCUUUCACAGUCGUUUUAUUUCUUUCUAUCUAUGGAUCUAUCAUAAUCUUUUUCUCUUCUUCCUUUCUUUCUAUCACAGUCUGUUUCUUUUUCUAUCUAUCUAUCUAUCUAUCUAUCUAUCUAUCUAUCUAUCUAUCUAUCUACAUUCUUAUACGGGUAUCUAUCUAUCAUCGUCUUUUUAUUUAUUUCUAUUUUUAUCAAUCACAGUCUUCGUUUUCUUUCUUUCUUUCUUUCUUUCUUUCCAUCUAUCAUAGUCUUUUUCUUUCCUUCUAUAACAGUCUUUUAAUCUAUCUAUCUAUCUAUCUAUCUAUCUAUCUAUCUAUCUAUCUAUCUAUCACAGUUGUGUUUUCUUUCAUUCUUCUUUCAAAGUCUCUUCCAUCCAUUAGAUCUAUCUAUCUCUGGCAGAUUGAAGCCAAGACGGACAGACGGCAAGACGGACUCACAGGGCAGAUUGAAGCCAAGACGGACAGACGGCAAGACGGACUCACAGGACAGGGCAGAUUGAAGCCAAGACGGAUAGACGGCAAGACGGACUCACAGGGCAGAUUGAAGCCAAGACGGACAGACGGCAAGACGGACUCACAGGGCAGAUUGAAGCCAAGACGGAUAGACGGCAAGACGGACUCACAGGGCAGAUUGAAGCCAAGACGGAUAGACGGCAAGACGGACUCACAGGGCAGAUUGAAGCCAAGACGGAUAGACGGCAAGACGGACUCACAGGGCAGAUUGAAGCCAAGACGGACAGAGGAUAUCAACGCAAAACAUAUCUAG